AUGAAGAGUGGAGAGGUAAUAUCGUCAUGGCCGCGCGCGGCCAAGCUUCAGAGCAAUGGAUCAAGCCUGGUCUUCGAUUUCGGUCUGGAGGUUGGCGGCAUCGCGACGAUCAAAUAUGCCGUCAGCGGCAGCGGACCGGGCUCACUCGGCGUUGCGUUCACAGAAGCAAAGAAUUGGGUUGGAGAGUGGUCUGAUGACUCGAACGGGUCGCAGAAAGGAAAAGACGGUGCGAUCUACUCCAAUUUCACGCAUGCCGGCGAUGUCGUCUAUGUCAUGCCAGACGAAAAGCUCAGGGGCGGUUUCCGCUACCUGACACUUUUCCUUAUGGCACAAGACGCAUCCGUCUCUAUCACAGAAAUCUCUCUGGAGCUCGGCUUCCAACCUACCUGGUCCAAUCUCAGAGCUUACCAAGGCUACUUCCACUGUGACGAUGAGACGCUCAACAAGAUCUGGUACAGUGGAGCUUACACGCUGCAGACGAAUACUGUCCCUGUCAACACGGGUCGAGCCGCCAAACCAGGACUUACAACCGGAUGGGCAAACAACGGAACCUUGGGUUCAGGCCACACCAUCAUCGUCGACGGGGCCAAGCGCGACCGCGCCGUGUGGCCAGGAGACAUGGGGAUUGCGGUCCCAUCGUCAUUUGUCUCGAUCGGUGAUCUGGACUCUGUCAAGAAUGCCCUGCAGGUCAUGUACGACUACCAGAACGCGGACGGCUCAUUCCCAGAGGCAGGACCCCCUCUGUUGCAGCAGGACAGCGACACGUAUCACAUGUGGACCAUGAUUGGCACAUACAACUACCUGCUUUACACGAACGACACGGCCUUCCUCGCCCAGAACUGGGAGAAAUACCUCAAAGCGAUGAACUACAUGUUCAGCCUGCUCCAACCCAACGGUCUACUCAACGUCACCGGCACGCGCGACUGGGCGCGGUGGCAGACGGGAUACAAUAUGAGCGAGGCGCAGAUGAUUCUCUACCGGACGCUGGUGACGGGCGCAGACCUCGCCGGGUGGGUGGGCGACUCGAGCGGGCUGGCUGCGAACUGGACACAGCAGGCGGCCGUCCUGAAGAACGCGACGCUCUCGCUCUGUCUGGAUGGCGCGUACGGCGCCUUCAAGGACAAUGCCACGGCGACGACGCUGCACCCGCAGGACGCCAACUCGAUGGCCGUUCUCUUCGGCGUGGUGGAUGCCGACUCGGCACUGGCGCAGAGCAUAUCUUCGCGUCUGACGGACAACUGGACGCCGAUUGGGGCGGAGGCCCCUGAGCUGCCAGGAAACGUCAGCCCGUUCAUCUCGAGCUUUGAGAUACAAGCACAUCUAAUAGCAGGGCAGACGGGCAGGGCACUGGAGCUGAUCCGGCGGAGUUGGGGCUGGUACCUGAACCAUCCGAAUGGGACAGGGAGCACUGUCAUAGAAGGAUACCUGACUAACGGGACGUUUGGGUAUCGGUGGAAUAGGGGCUAUGGCAAUGAUCCCAGUUACGUGUCCCACGCCCACGGAUGGUCUGCGGGCCCAACAAGUGCCCUGACGGAGUUUGUGCUGGGGCUGGCCGUCACUGGUCCGGUAGGGUCUACCUGGCAAUUCGCGCCGCAGUUCGGAGACUUGAAGAAGGUAGAGGGAGGCUUCAUGACGGCCCUCGGUAAGUUCCAGGCGAGCUGGAGUAAGGGAGAGGAGAAGUACGAAGCGGCUGUUGUAACGCCUAGUGAUACCUCGGGACAGCUGAUACUCCCGGUGACUACACAAGGAAAGAAGCCUAAGGUUGUGUUGGACGGCAAAGUGGCAUGUACAAAAUGGUAUCGCCGAAGCCAAGCGGUGUCCGAUCUCGUUGUAGUGCAGACGAUCGGCGGGACUCACAGCAUCGUAGUGAGCGAUGCGUGA